UCGAAAAACCGCCAUGUUGCUACAGUGCAUGAUGGGUAGCCGGGAACGCCGGCCCCGGAUGUGUCAUGGCGGUCGAGUGAAAAAAAGAAGAUGGAACACAUACGAACUCCCAAGGGGUCGAUUAAUAAGGGUGCACAAAAGCCCCAUGCACCGCCUGAUUUUUUCAUGCCAGUCCAGGUAGAGAAUGUCCGGCUCCAGGACCGGUUCAACACCAGGAAACCGGCCGUCGGGACGCUCUACCUCACUGCCACCCACCUCAUCUUUGUCGACCCCAACAGUAAGAGGGAAACAUGGGUCCUCCACAUGCACAUAGACUCCGUGGAGAAACUGCCAUUAACCACUGUAGGGUCUCCCCUCCUCAUCCGCUGCAAGACGUUCCAGACUGUCACCUUCGUCAUCGCCAAGGAGAGGGAAUGUCACGACAUCUUCGAAUCCUUAAUUAUGUUGUCUAAACCAGCCACCAUUACGGAGCUGUAUGCAUUCCAGUACAACCCGCAGGCCACACUACUGGACCACGGGGACGGCUGGAGCUACUUCAGUCUGGAGAAUGAGUUCUCCCGACAGGGGCUGCCCAACAACAGAUGGGUCCACUCUCCUAUCAACAAGGACUAUCAGAUCUGUGACACAUAUCCUCGCACCCUGUUUGUCCCCGCCGGUGCCACCACGCCCAUCCUGCUGGGGAGUUCCAAGUUCAGAAGCAGGGGCAGGCUACCUGUGCUGUCAUACUAUCACAAGGACAACCAUGCAACCAUCUGCAGGUGCAGCCAGCCCCUGUCCGGGUUUAGUGCCAGGUGUCUGGAGGAUGAACAGAUGCUGCAGGCCAUCAUGAGGGCAAACCCCAACUGUAACUUCAUGUACGUGGUGGACACAAGACCCAAGAUCAACGCCAUGGUGAACAAGGCAGCUGGGAAGGGCUACGAGAGCACAGACUUCUACUCCAACAUCCGCUUCCAGUUCCUGGGAAUCGAGAACAUCCACGUCAUGAGAAACAGUCUGGACAAGCUCAUAGAGGUGUGUGACCUGAAGAACCCAUCUGUUGGAGACUUCCUGAGUGGACUGGAGAACAGCAGCUGGCUCAAGCACAUCAAAGCCAUCAUGGACACCUCACUCUUCAUAGCAAAGGCUGUUCUUGAUGAACAUGCCAGCGUGCUGGUCCACUGUUCUGACGGCUGGGACAGAACAGCGCAGACCUGCUCCUUGGCUGGGCUGUUCCUCGACCCUUACUUCAGGACUCUCCAAGGCUUCCAGGCACUGAUCGAAAAGGAGUGGCUCGACUUUGGGCACAAGUUCACAGAUAGACUUGGCCUGACAGCAGUAGAGGAGAAGGAGGUGUCUCCAGUGUUUACCCAGUUUGUGGAGUGUGUGUGGCAGCUGACUCAGCAGUUCCCGUGUGCGUUCCAGUUUAACGAGACCUUCCUCCUCACCCUGCACGACCACGCCUACUCAUGCCAGUUCGGCACCUUCCUGGGAAACUGUCAGAGGGAACGCGAGGAGCUCAGCCUGAGCACAAAGACCUACUCCCUGUGGGGCUACAUGAGGAAGAACAUGAGUGACUACGUCAACCCUCUGUACCGCAGGGACCACCCUGUCACUAAGGGAGUCCUGUUUCCCAACACUGCACCACAGAACUUCAAGUUCUGGCGUGGCAUGUACAACAGGUAUGAGAGCGGAGUCCACCCCCGGGAGUCAGUCACUGACACUGUCAGCGCCAUGAAAGACCACUCAGCCUCCCUGGAGGACCACGUCAGGCUACUCGAGAAGAGAAUAGCUGGCGUUAAGAAGCUGCUAGGUAAAGACACCACAGUGCUGUCGCCUGACCAGCAAGCCAAGGGUGACAGCAGUCCAGAAGCCGUGGACAGCAGCAAUGCUGUACCCACAGAGGAUGGCCGUAGUGAAGACAAUGUAGCUAACGCUGUAUCUGAUGCAAGUAGUGAGUCAGGGAUUGAAGACGUUCAAUCUCCUCUGAACGGGGACAGUGCAAGCACAGAGGAGAACGAGGAAAAGCAGGAUGACAAAGAGGACACUUUGAACAGUACCCAUGACCUUGAGGAGGAGGCUGAAGGUCGUGACGUUCCUGAGACGAAUGUCAAGGUGGAGAACUCUCCGUCUGGAGGAGCCGGUGAUGCCACGGACAUGUCGCUGAAUCGCUUGUCCCUUGAGAUGGACUCGGUGGCCCUGGAGUGGAAAGCCUUUAGGAAUAUCCGCCAGUGUUCGUGUGAAACCCCGCUGGACGCUUUUAACAAGAAAUACCACUGCUGGCGAUGUGGUGAUGUGUUCUGUACCCGAUGUAUCGACAAACAGACGGCGAUCCCCGGGCACUACUCUCAACGUCCCGUCCCUGUCUGCAGAACGUGUUACAAGCACCUUAAACUGGAGAGCUCGCUGUCAUAACUCUCACCAUCAUCCACAACGCUCAAAACUUCCCCGCUGCAAGUUCUCAGAACGUGAUGUGGUAGUCUAAAGGUUGGGUUUACGACAGAUGGUCUUUAGUAGUAAACUUUAAGAGAAAAAGAUUUGAACUGGCUCUAGUCACUUUCCUGUGAUCAUACUGCUUUCCCUAUAUACAGAUUUGAAACAUUCAAAUGUUGUUCAGUGUGCGCUGCAGCACUUGAUAACACAAACUUAAUGUGCAGUAUGGAAAAAAAUCAUGCCAACUUUGGUGAUAUUUUACCUGUAUGUUGUUGUAUCAGACAAUUUUUUCGGUUUAGACCAGGAAAUUUAGCUGGUGUGUUACGCCAAAGGGCGGGUAUACCGGCUAUCCAGAUACAGACCAAGAGCUAUUUCAAAUUUUUUGUGUCACUUAAAGUAUUUAAUGGUGUAGUCAGAUGUGUAAAACCUACAUGUAUAAGCAGAGAGAGUAGCAGCACUGAAACAUUUAUACAUGAUUGCGACUCGUUGAUGUCAGGCUUAAUUUUUUGUUUAACAUUUCAUAAAAAAUAUUGUUGAGGGCUUCUCCUAUGUCUAAUAUUGUUGCUCAAGGAAAAACAUUUCACUCAAACUUAACCAGGAUCAAAAUAUGCAGCAAGAACUGCAUAUUAUAAUUGCAACUGGUAGUUUUUGCUGUAUUAUUUGCUGACUAUGAAUUACUUUGUUAAAUUUGUCACAUGACAGUAAAACAAAGGCAUACCUUAAGUAAGUGACCACAAGCAUGUUAUUAAUUCUUGUUAGCCAGGAUAUGAGCUAUUUUUACUAGAUGAAUUUCAUCUUAUGUAAUUAAUCAGUGGAACAAAACAUGCACACAAUAAUUGUUACAGACAUAUGUAUUUGAAAAGUUUGAUUUAACAGAAUAUUGAGAAGUUAAAUUUAUUGAUCUUUAUGUAGAGAACAAUAGGGAAACCUACUAGUAUUCUCAGAGGGUUCUGAAUGGUUCUCAGCUGUUAGAACCCAUGUAAAUACAACAGACUUCUGAGGGAAGCAGUCUGGUUCAACCAGGGCUGGAGAUUUCUCCAUCUUGUCUUCCGUAAUUCUGACACGUUUGUUUAGCUUUGUGUUAUGUAUGAUCUUACAAAGUUAAGCCAUGGGUGAGACAUGCCCCCUCCAAGACGUAACUUCAACCACCAAUGGUAGAACAUAUCCAGCUAUGACAGGAACUGAAAGGGAGUAUAACCUGUGUGGUGUGUGGCAUAAUGACAGGGUGUUUGGCCAAGAACCUAGAGGUCCUUGGUUUGAAUCCUGUCACGUCACCGAUCUUGUGCCCUUGGGAAAGGCACUUUGCACAACUUUCCUCUCUCCACCCAGGUGUAAAAUGGGUACCUGACUUCGGUUGGGGAGGUAAAAGGUGGUGGAAGGAGAGGGAUGGGCUCCACCUUCCAAUACCGUGCCCUCGACACAGUGGAUAACAACCCACUACCCCUACGGCCUCAAAAAAGGCUAUGGGAUACCUUUACCAUUACCUUACAGUUCCUGGUACAUAUUUCAGGUUUGCAGUAAACACUAUUCUUUGAUUCAAGAGAUUCGUACAUGUGCAAAGGCUAGAUUCGUUGUCGUAUUGACUUGUAUGCUGAAGUGAGGUCCGCAAUCCGCAUGAUGAAACAAUUAGUGCAAUCCAUGCAAUGCAAAUAGGUUUAAUAACACAAUGUUCUCUAUUUAUUUUCCAGGAUUUACAAUGAUAGCCCUGUGCUGAAUAUAUGUGUAUGAUGUGUUGUGUUUGUAAUUAGGGAAGUGUAAAACAUUCUGCAUUACAAGUACAUGUACUAUACACGUUGUGAUGAAGCCGGUGUAAAAAGUAAAUAAACAAGAUGUGAUGUGA